GAUAUUUUAUUGUGUGUGUGAAGAUGGAAGUCAGUGUGAUGUAGCCGGGCUCGGAGGCAUACAGGCGGCAGAACAUGCGCAGUGGCCGUUUGUGCCAUAUUGGAACGAGGUCGUGAACGAGAAGUGCGUCAAGCCGGCGAGGCGCCGCCGGAGCAGACCAGGAAGUAUCGCGAUGUUAUCGUCAAGACAAAAAGGCCCCGCUGUCGCUGGGACGACAGUUGCAGCCGCGGCGCCUACGACGGUUUUAUUUUGAAACGUCCAACCGGGCCUGUCGGUUCGGGUUUCCGCUAGCUUACCGGUGCUGCGAGCGAGCAGGCGGAGAGGAACGGCAUCUAAAAAGCGACUUGGAAAAACUACUUAGCGAUUGUGUUUCCCGCCCAGGGACCUCAAAGGUUCAGGAAGACUUGUUCAGAAAUGCUUCACCGCAUGCUAAGUGCAGAUGAGAAUAUGGUUCAAGCUCCUUGUGUCGGCCUUGAGGGGGCACCAGCAUGAGUCAGGAGUCGCUGGAGUCUGACGGAGACGCUCAGGAUCCGUGUGACUUCAACUGGGAUGACUACCUGGAGGAGACUGGAACCGUCUGCGUGCCUCACCACGCCUUUAAACAUGUGGACCAGGGCCUGCAGACGGGCCUGACCCCAGGCAUGAAGCUGGAGGUGUGCGUGCGCUCCGAGGCCGACGACCCUUACUGGGUGGCUAACAUCAUCACCACGUGUGGCCAGCUGCUGCUGCUGCGCUACGAGGGCUACCAGGACGACCGGCGCGCAGACUUCUGGUGCGACAUCAUGGCGACAGACCUCCACCCGCUGGGCUGGAGCCGCCAGCACGGCCGGACCAUGCGAGCUCCUGAAGGUGUGCGUGAGAAGCACCAGGACUGGGAGGCCGUGCUGGAGAAGGCCCUGGCUGAGGAGUGCAGCGCGCCUGCCAACCUGCUGGAGUUGCCCCAGCGUGGCAGAGACCCCGUGGAGCUCCUGUGCGCUGGCUGCUACGUGGAGCUCCAGGACAGCGUUGACCCAGGCGUGGCCUGGGCCGCGGAGGUGGAGGAGAACGUCGGAGGGAGGCUGAAGCUGCGCCUGGUGGGCACCGAGGGCCUCCCGGACGCGCCCGCAGCCCUCUGGCUCUUUUACCUCCACCCACGCCUCCACCCACCCGGCUGGGCCAAAGAGCACGGCUGCACCCUCCGCCCUCCCUCAGAUCUGCUGGCGCUGCGCAGCGAGGCAGAGUGGGAGGAAGUGAGACAGAGGAUCAGUGACCUGCCGCAGGAUGAAGCUUUGACUGCAGAGUUCAGCAAGGAUCACCCUGCUGUGGCUGCUCAUUGUUUUAAAGAAGGGAUGAAACUGGAGGCAGUUGACCCUGCUGCUCCCAUCUCCAUCAGGCCAGCCACUGUCACCAAGGUGCACAAUGAGCUUUACUUCCUGGUGACGAUGGAUGACCUCUGUGGCAUUGAGGAGUCGGAGGGGGCUGGGCGCUCUUUCCUGUGCCACAGAGACAGUCCAGGGAUCUUCCCUGCUCAGUGGAGCCUCAAAAACGGGCUCAGUCUCAGCCCCCCACCAGGAUACCAGGGACCAGACUUUGACUGGGCCGAUUACCUGAAACAGUGGGAGGCAGAGGCUGCUCCGCAGCAGUGCUUCCCAAAUGAGCAAAGUGACCACAGCUUUAAAGAGGGCAUGAAACUAGAGGCUGUCAACCCACUGUCACCUGAGAACAUUCAUGUGGCAACAGUCACCAGGGUCAAAGGGCAGUACCUUUGGCUCAGCCUGGAAGGGCUGAAGCAGCCCAUGCCUGAGCUGAUAGUACAUGUGGACUCUCUGGACAUCUUCCCUGUCAGCUGGUGUGAGACGAACGGCUAUCCGCUUGUGCACCCCAUCAAGCCCUCAGUUGAGAAAGAGAGGAAGAUUGCUGUGGUCCAGCCAGAGAAACACAGAAGCUCACCAAAGUCUUCAUCACCUGAUGCUGUCAAGCAGCAGCUGGCCAACCAAUCAGAGACAGGACCAGGAAACGGGAAGUACUGCUGUCCUAAGAUUUACUUCAAUCACCGCUGUUUCUCAGGGCCGUACCUUAACAAGGGACGAAUUGCAGAGCUGCCUCAGUUUAUCGGCCCUGGGAACUGUGUCCUCGUGCUCAAAGAGGUACUGACUCUGCUGAUAAACUCGGCAUACAAGCCGAGCCGCGUGCUCAGAGAGCUGCAGCUGGACCAGGAGAGCCGCUGGCAAGGCCAUGGAGAGACACUCAAAGCCAAGUAUAAAGGAAAGAGUUACCGGGCCACGGUGGAAAUCGUCCGCACUGCAGACCGCGUCGCAGACUUCUGCAGAAAAACCUGCAUCAAGUUAGAGUGCUGCCCGAACCUGUUUGGACCUCGCAUGGUUCUGGAACGCUGCUCAGAAAACUGCUCCGUCCUCACCAAAACCAAAUACACAUAUUAUUAUGGAAAGAAGAAGAGUAAACGUGUUGGACGUCCACCCGGAGGCCACUCCAACCUGGAGGGAGGAGUGAAGCGAAGAGGCAGGAGGAGAAAGAGGAGGAAGCAGCUUUUUGUCCACAAGAAAAGGCGCUCUUCAGCAUCAGUGGACAACACACCCGCUGGGUCUCCACAGGGAAGUGGAGAAGAAGAAGACUUGGAUGAAGAUGACUCAUUGAGUGAAGACACUGGUUCGGAGCUCCAGGAUGAUCUCCAGGAUGACUCUGAGCAAUCAGUUGGGAAGUCACAGCCAGCGACGCCAUCACCAUCCCCACCAGCAACACCCAGGCCCACGCGGCGACGCCGGAAACCCUGCUCCCCCUCCUUCUCUGAUGACGAGAACCACCCACCUUCACCUAAGACAUCUAAGACUGAGCCUCCUCAGAAGUUGUGUUUGGACACGAGCCCCCUGGAGUGGAGCGUUACCGAUGUGGUUCGCUUCAUCAGGACCACUGACUGUGCUCCCCUUGCAAGGAUUUUUUUGGAUCAGGAAAUUGACGGGCAGGCGCUGCUCUUGCUCAACCUCCCGACAGUGCAGGAGUGCAUGGACCUGAAACUGGGACCGGCCAUCAAACUGUGCCACCACAUUGAGCGGGUCAAGCUGGCAUUUUAUCAGCAGUUUGCUACGUAGCCGAUGGAGAAGUAGCGAGAAUACAACUACAUCUGUUUUGUGAAUUAAUUCUAUGAAAAGCACUGUCCUUUUUUCCCAUUUUGACUUUUCUUACACUGGACAUUGUUUAGAAUCCUGCGUGUACAACAUGAGACAGAUGAAGCAACCUUUCCUGGUCCUUCCUGGUAAAAAUGUGCAAAGAAGAGCAUCUGCACUGAGCGAGGAUCAGUUUGGGUGCUCUUUUCAUGAGACACAGGAGAUGAGAAGAACUCAAGGCACUGUGGAACAGCAAAUAAGUUCUGAAGUUUUUCAUUAGGUCCAACUUGUUUUGCAGCAGCCCAUCAUCAAGAAUUAUUACAUUAUAAGUAGUAGACUGGUGUAUUGCUAGGUUCUACCAAGACCUUUUUAAAGUGUGUUGUGUAUCAACCCCCUCAAUUACAUUCUCUAAAACUGAUUCAAAGCUUUUUCUGUAUCUGAUGGUGAACAUAUCCUGUUGAGAUUUAUUAGAUGAAGAAUUCUGGUGAUUUGACAAGCUUAAUGUGAAAGAUUACUUCUAUUUAGACUGCAAUUAGGGCUAUGAAAUAUAACAGAUCCUAGUUGUACCUUGAAGUAUUAGGGGCUGGUUCACUAGGUUUCUUAGUUUGUCUGGAAAUUUGCUGCACUAUGAAAAUACAUUAAAAAAUUAGCGGGUUGCACAAAAGGAAGCCUGACAUUAGAAAACAUAUGCUAACAAACAAAUUUAUGCUAUAUUAUUUACAAUCCGCAAAAGUUGACCAGCUGAAUUAAGAUAGCAGAUUCUAUCUUAUGUACGAUGGACUUUCAUCUUAGGAGAUCAAAUAGCUUUCUUAUUAAGCUUCUAUAGUAUCAGAACUGUUUACAGUGCACGGAUUCUGUAAUUCAAGCACAAGCUCAAUAAUGUACUGUAUAGUGGUAUGCAAUUAUAUCAGUGCAUGUGUGUGUGUGUAUAUAGUGUAUAUACUCAAAUCUUCUAGUGUAACAGGGUAAUUAGAAAUAUAUCAAGCUGUUAGGCAAGGAGCAAACGCUUCAUAUCCCGUAUACAGAAUAUUUGCACAGAAAUGAACUAAUUACAGCUACAGUUGAGUAUUUGAGCCAUUUUGUAUCAUUUUAGAAUUUUAGCUGUUAACUUAAUUGGACAGUUUUGAAGAAAGAUUUGCCCAAGCUGCGUUUGUAAAUGUUUUUUUCUCCGGUUUCUUCAGUGUUGUUUAAUGUGAUGUGCUUCAUUUGAAACAAACCUCUGUGUGUAGUUUGUUUACUCAUUUGCUUGUAGUUACAGCUGUACUCGAAGCAAUUGAACAUGAUUUUAUUCCGUGGCCUGAAAUUCUGAAGGCUACUUAAAGAAAACUGCAAUAAAAACGAUUAACAAAUUGUC